AUGGCGCCUUCUCUCGUUACGGCCUUCAGGAGGCGAUGGUGGAUGGCGGUGACGGCGGUGAUUGAAAACCUCCUGUGUUCGGCCGUGCUGUUGGGCUGGGGCUCUCUUCUCAUCAUGCUGAAGAGGGAGGGCUUCUACUCUCACCUGUGCUCAGAAAAUGACUCAGUGGUCGUGCACCUGAACAACUCCUCCUCCGACGGGCAUCCGAAGGAAUGGCUGAUCUGCGUGGAACAGGAGGAGAUGCUCAAUCUUGGAUUCACCAUCGGCUCCUUCCUGCUCAGCGCUACAACCCUGCCGUUAGGCAUCCUGAUGGACAAGUACGGCCCGCGUCCGAUUCGGCUGGUCGGAAGCUCCUUGUUUGGUCUGUCCUGCAUCAUCAUGGCUUUGUCUGUGUACAACCCUAAUCUCCUGUCGGGGCUCAUCUUCCUCGCUCUCUCGCUGAACGGCUUCGGGGGCAUCUGCCUGACCUUCACCUCCAUCACGCUCCCCAACAUGUUUGGCUCCCUGAGCUCCACCAUCAUGUCGCUGAUGAUCGGCUCCUACGCCUCCUCGGCCGUCACCUUCCCAGGCGUCAAGCUGAUCUACGACGCAGGCAUGAAAUUCGAUAUGAUAAUGUGGAUUUGGGCGGGUCUCGCCGGGCUCGUCUUUAUAAACUGCGUUCUCAACUGGCCCGCAGAGGGCUUCCCGACCCCAGAUGAAGUUGACUACAGUAAGCUCCUCACAAACCAAGCGGCUCCUUCGUCUGAGCAGAAGGCUGUAGGGGAGAGGCUGAACCAGAAAAACGGAGACGUGCGACACUCCACCGAGAAGCUUCCCAAUGGACACGAUGCUGAUGCUGCACCAAGCGCCGUUCCCUUCCGGCGGUCCGUGUUCUCCCCCAUCUUCCUGUGGAGCCUGGUCACCAUGGGGAUGACCCAGCUGAGGGUCAUCUUCUUCAUGGGAGCAAUGAACAAGAUGCUGGAGUACAUGGUUACCCGCGGCGCAGAACACCCACCCGACGACGUUGUUGUUUUGGCAGAAGAGACAGUGAGCUACUACUCGGGUAUCUUCGGCGCGCUGCAGCUGCUGUGUCUGGUGACCUGUCCCCUGAUUGGCUACAUCAUGGACUGGAAGAUGAAGGAGUGUGAAGAGGAGGUGUGCGCCUCCACGGGCGUAACGCAGAGACCCAAAAGAGACCGUAAGAUCCAGAAGGUGACCAAUGCCAUGCGAGCCUUCAUCUUCACUAACGUGCUGCUGAUCAUCUUUGGUAUCUGUAACCUCGUAGAUAACCUGCCUCUACAGAUUGUUACGUUCAUCCUCCACACUAUGGUCCGAGGAUUCAUCCACUCCUGCUGUGGAGGCCUCUAUGCUGCUGUCUACCCCUCCAACCAUUUCGGCACGCUGACGGGCCUGCAGUCCAUGAUCAGCGCCGUGGUGGCGCUGCUGCAGCAGCCGCUCUUCAUCGUCAUGGUCACGCAUCUUCAUGGGAACGCCUAUCAGAUCAACGUGGGCCUGCUGAUCGUCUCGUUCACCGGCUUCCUGCUGCCGGGCUACCUGUUCUUCCACCGCAGGAACCUGCUGAGGGACCACAAGGGCAGAGACGGCCAACCUGCUGGUCAGGAGCUGCAGGCUCUCAAGUCCACCGAAGCAAACGGGUCGAAGCCUCACAGCAACGGCAGCGCUGCGGCAGAGGCUUAGAAAGCAGAACUGAAUAUUAGGGGAUGCAUCUUGGGACGGGGCUGCAGAAUGAACACCAGCUUCUCAUGCGGAACGUGUGUUUUAAUGUUGCGUCUUCGUCAUUUUAAACAUACCGUAUUUUUCAGACUAUAAGGCGCACUUAAAAUCCUUGCUUCUCCAAAAUCGAUGGCGCGCUUUAUAUACGAUUACCGUACUUGUGCUUACUGACCUAUUUUAUGUGGUACAAGGCGCUCAAGAAUAUGUUAAAAUGUACAAGUGCGACUUUGGAAAGCAACGAGGCUGCUGCGCUCAGUGGAUAUUCGGAGGAUUACGUUACAUUGUGUCACUGUAUGAUCAGACCCUGAGCUGUCUACAAGACUGCCUGACUGUAAUGUCUAAACUAGACGUGCGUCCAUGUAAGGCAGCCCGCGCCCGG